CUAAUAAACUUUGAUGUAGGGUAUUCAAUCAGAAAUAGAUAAACGAAAAUUUAGUCGAAUAGUAUUAGAUGAAAAAAAAUUUAUUCGAAUAUAAUUAGAUCAAAAGCAUCCUUAAUCUAACAUUUAUCUUACAACUAAAGAUUUUUUAAAAUGUAAAGAUCAAAGCAGAAAGAAAUAGAAGCUUGAUUAAUUAGCAUUAAUGGAUAUAGUUGCUAUAAUUAAUUUAGAAGAUCAAGAAGUGCUCUAUUAGGAAAUUCCCUAAUUAAAUCCAACAAUUGUUUAAGAGUGUCUGAAACAACCCUAUUUAGAAAAUUAAGGAGCUGUAAAAUUAAUUGAUGUAUUUCUCUAUUUUUUAUAUUAGGAUGUAAUUAAAGUCUAAUAAAAAUCAGUGGCCAUAUUUUGUGAUGGCACUUAUAAUAAAUCUCACUUAUUACUUAUUUGUUUUUUAAUUUAUGAUCGAUUUAAACUAUUGACAGAUAUAAAGAAAAUAGAUUGUCUUUAGAAUUAAUUAUGCGAAAUUAAUUUUGAGAAUAGGGAGAUCGCACUAAAAGAAAAUAACAUGCAAGUGAAAAAAGAGUUUUAUGGAUAUUCUUCAAAUUUGAAUUACAGUUUUUAAACUACAUUAUUACAAAUUUAAGAAGCAGAAAAAUUUUAGCAAACAUAAAUCUCUAGUGUCAAAACCUUCACUAAUGAAAAAAAAUAUUUAUAAUAUUUUUUUAAAAUAGAUAAUCUAAACUCAAAAGUCCCUUUUAAUUAAUAAUAAAUAUCAAUAAUAGGUAAUUCAUUUGUAACUUCAUAGAUUUAAAAUCAAAAUAUUAUGAAAACUUAUAAGAUAUAAAGGCUGCAUAAUAAAAUGAUGUGUGCAGUUUUAUAGUGUUAAAAAGGCCAUGA